CCGGCGGCAGAGGCGGGGCGGCCGGGGGCUCCGCGGGCCCAAGCCGAGCCGGGUCCCGGGGGCCCAAGGUGGCCUGCGACCGCGGGGGACACAGCGCGGGCGGCUCCCCGCGCGCCCCCGCCUCGGGCCUCCUGCUCGCCCGGAGCCCACCGGCCGCCCGGGACCUGCGCCGCCGCCUUCGGCCAACUCCGCGGCGGGGACACGGCGACGGGAACUUGAGGCCCGCCCGGGGUUGCCAAGGCCCAAAAUGACCCUGUUACCGGGAGACAACUCGGACUUCGACUACAGCGCACUGAGCUGCGCCUCGGACGCCUCCCUGCACCCCGCCGCCUUCCUGGCGCCGGCGCGCACGGCCCCCAAGGGCGCCUUCUACGGGCGCGCGCAGCGGCUGCGGGCGCAGGACGCGCCGGGCGCGCCGCCCCCCGACGGCCGGCGGCCGGUCAUCGUCAACGUGGGCGGCAGCCGCUACUCGCUGCCCUGGGCCACGCUGGAGCAGUUCCCGCGCACGCGGCUGGGCCAGCUGGGCGCCUGCACCAGCUUCGACGACCUCCUGGCCGUGUGCGACGACUACGACGUCACCUGCAACGAGUUCUUCUUCGACCGGCACCCGGGCGCGUUCGGCAGCGUGCUGACCUUCCUGCGCGCCGGCAAGCUGCGCCUGCUGCGCCAGAUGUGCGCGCGCGCCUUCCGCGACGAGCUGCGCUACUGGGGCGUGCCCGCCGAGCACCUGGACCCCUGCUGCCGCCGCCACUUCCUGCAGCGGCUGGACGAGCUGGCGCAGCACGAGGACGAGGAGGAGGACGAGGACGACGAGGACGAGGAGGAGGACGAGGACGACAGCGGCCUGCUGGACGGCCCCGCCGACGGCCGCCUGGGCCGCUGCAUGCGCCGGCUGCGGGACAUGGUGGAGCGGCCGCACUCGGGGCUGCCCGGGAAGGUCUUCGCCUGCCUCUCCGUGCUCUUCGUCACCGUCACCGCCGUCAACCUGUCCGUCAGCACCUUGCCCAGCCUCCGGGAGGAGGAGGAGCAGGGCCGGUGCUCGCAGAUGUGCCACAACGUGUUCAUCGUGGAGUCGGUGUGCGUGGGCUGGUUCUCCCUGGAGUUCCUGCUGCGGCUGGUGCAGGCGCCCAGCAAGCUGAGCUUCCUGCGCCGCCCGCUGACGCUCAUCGACCUGGUGGCCAUCCUGCCCUACUACAUCACGCUGCUGGUGGACGGCGCGGCCUCCAGCCGCCGCAAGCCAGGCGCGGCCAACAGCUACCUGGACAAGGUGGGGCUGGUGCUGCGCGUGCUGCGGGCGCUGCGCAUCCUGUACGUCAUGCGGCUGGCGCGGCACUCGCUGGGGCUGCAGACGCUGGGGCUGACGGCGCGGCGCUGCACGCGCGAGUUCGGGCUGCUGCUGCUCUUCCUCUGCGUGGCCGUGGCGCUCUUCGCCCCGCUGCUGUACGUGGUGGAGAACGAGAUGGCCGAGAGCCCCGAGUUCACCAGCAUCCCCGCCUGCUACUGGUGGGCGGUGAUCACCAUGACCACGGUGGGCUACGGCGACAUGGUGCCGCGCAGCACGCCGGGCCAGGUGGUGGCGCUCAGCAGCAUCCUCAGCGGCAUCCUGCUCAUGGCCUUCCCGGUCACCUCCAUCUUCCACACCUUCUCCCGCUCCUACCUGGAGCUCAAGCAGGCGCAGGAGCGGCUCCUGUUCCGCCGGGCCCCGCUGCUGCUGGGCACGCGCUCGCAGCUCAGCCUGUCCCGGGACAGCGAGCGCCUGUUCGACAGCGCCUCCUCCGACGCCCGCGACCACAACUGAGCCGGGAGACGGGGCGCGGCCCCCUCCUGCCCCUGGGGAAGGGGAAGCCGGGCCAGCCGGGGGCCAGGCCCCCCCCCCGGAGGGAGGCGGCUGUUCCCCGUAGACUCCCUCUGGGGCAGGCUGGGCGCAGAGGCACAGCGGCCGCCCUGGGCUGUGGGGGGGUCCAGGUGUGUGAGGUGGGUCUGUCUGGGGCUGUGGGGGAUGUGUCUGUGCAGGGGUGUGUGUGGGGAGGCUGUCUGUAUCCAGGAGUGUAUGUGUGUGUCUACCUGUCUGGGUGUGUCUCUGUCUGUCUCUCUGGGUGCAUUGUGUCUGUCUGUCCCGGCUUGUGUGUCUGUCUGUCUGUCUGUCUGGGUAUGUCUGUCUGUCCAUGUAUAUGUGUGUGUGUGUGUGUGUGUGUGUGUGUAUGUGCCUGUCUGUCCGUGUGUAUCUCUCUGCCCGUGUGUGUGUGUCUGUCUCUGUCCGUGUGUGUCUCUGUCUGUCUGUCUGUCCAUGUGUGUGUGUGUGUGUGUGUGUGUGUGUGUCUGUCCCUGUGUGUCUCUAUGUCCAUGUGUGUGUGUCCGUCUGUGCCUGUUCGUGCGUGUGUGUCUCUGUCUGUUCACGUGUGUCUGUCUGCCUGUGUCUGUCUGUGUGUAUGUGGCUGUCUGCCUAGGUGUGUCUGUCUGUCCGUGUGUCUGUCUGUGUCUGUCUGUCUGUCCCUGUGUGUCUGUGUCUGUCUGUCCGUGUGUGUGUCUGUCUGUCUAGCAGGAGUAUCCAACUAGGCUCUUUGUAGUGUGAGGACCCUGGACUCCAAGGCCCACGUUCCCCACGGGCCCCAUAAGGAGAGGACAGAGGGGGGCCUCUCCUCCGGGCGGGUGGUCUUGGGGACCCCACCACCGGGCUCACAAACAACUGUCCCCUUGGGGCACUGUGGGGAAGUGUGCCCACCCCUCCGAGCCUCCCCACCGCCUGCCUUUCUCAGAGGCCCGGAACACCGUGGUGGCACAGCGCCCCCCACAGGCCUGGCGAGCGUGGCCCAGGGCACAAGAAAUCGCUUCAUUGCACCUCGGAAAAAACGUCCCAUGGAUGGUUUAGCCUGCCCCACGCUUAUUUCGUGUCUGAAGAAAAUGCUUUCUGUCCUCUACCUGAGCUGAAGUCUACCCUGGGGGUGGUGCUCGCUGGGCCGUGAGAAGCAGCCCAGAGCCCUGGGGUCUCCGUGUGCCCCCAAAGACCUCCAGACCAUCCCACAAUGAAGAGCAGGGAGGGGUAAGGCAACAUCCCAGCCAAGGGGACAGUCGGUGCAAAGGCCCUGCGGUGAGCUGACGCCCCUUCUCCAAGGGAGACUGAACCGGCCUCUGCAGAAACCUUCCAGAAAUCUUUCUCCCUCCCCGCCCCCCAACUUCUAACAGAGUGUCCGGGAGGAGGUGCAGAAAGGAGUAGUGGGGCCAGCGUCUGGCCUGGAGGCGCCCAUGGUCCAGCUGGGGCCAGGCCGGGUGGAAGGACCCCCGACAGCUGAAGGAGGCCGGGCCGGGGAAGCACAGACAUCGCUAGCCAGGCCUCCCCGGGACAGACCUCACGUGGGUGAAUCCUGGUGCCACCCAGCACCACCCCCUCCCCGGGGGCCGCCGGGGGCCGUGUCCACCAUCACCACAAAGACGUCGUGGAAAGGAAGGAGGGGCCGUGGGGGACGACCGGGCUCUGCCAUCCAGCCUGAGAACCCCAUGAGCACGGCCCUCGGUGAGCGGACGCCAACCCACACGCCGGGAGUGCCCGAGCCCCCGCCAGCAAUGAGGGAGGGAAGGGGGAGAGCAGCAGAGUGUGACCCAUGGAAUCACAAAUAAAGAAGUAGCGUCCUCCCCGC